CUUAAGAAAAUUAUUCCCCUCAAGUACCCGAGAUGCUGGAAUAUUGUCCUCCUAGGAUAGAACGAUUUAACUCACCGGAAUAUUGGUACCAAAAAUGCCGGUGAAACCGAAGCCGAGCGAGCAACGACGAUGGGGCGAGGCUUACUUUCUUUCCAAUCCAUUUAACACCAAGAGAAGUGUUUUCUCAAUAUAAGCAAUAAGCACAUUCACUUUUCCUUCCACCACCCACCAAUGAGGGACACUUUGCUCUUUCCAAAGCAAAAGGGAGCUCACUUUCCCUCCACUUUCUUCCCUCCAUUUCCGGUUCACCAAUCUUUAAUCCCAACAGAAACUAGUCUACUCUUGUUUGUUUUGCUAGUUAGUAGCAGUAGGUACUAAACUUAAUCCAAUGGAGAAAACUCAAUCAAGUUUUCCAACAAAAUUACCUGUCUAUCUUUUAUCUUUCACAACUUUAUCAUCUUUUUUUGGAGUAAUCAUGUGUGAUCACUGCGUAAGUUUAUAGUUUAUAUCUUGGUCAGUUCAAAGGAUCUAAUCCUUUUUUCCUUCAAAAAAAGAGCACAUUAACAGUUUUCUUCAACUGUAUUCUUCACAAAUUUGUAUUUUUCUAUAAAAAGUUCCAAAACAAGUUUAUUAUUCUCCUUUCCAAUCCUUUGCUUCUUCCUUCCCAAUUUAUAUGGCACUGUUUGACUGGACACGGUUUAAGAAAAAAUAAAAUAUUUUAAAACUUAUGGGGUAAAAUAAAUCUUAAAUAUUUAUUUGGCUAUAAAUCAUCUCGUUAAAGAUAAAAUGAAAUUUUAAAGUUAAAUUAUUUUUAAAUAUAAGAAAUAAAUAUAUUUUUUGAAGCAAACUAAAAAGUAAGUAUCAUAUAAAUUGUAAAAUUUUAUAAAGAGAAAAAACAUAAAGGCUUCUCUUCCUCUAAAAGUACUUAUUUGACCUUACAUUGGGACUCAUGUGUAAGUCUGAAACCACCAAAUCUGUGGUUCAGCUCAUGGAACGUAAACAAGGGAGCACAACUAAAUUGUCCUUGAGUGGGUACCACUUGCAUCUUCAACUUCAAGUGAAGAAUAUAACUUUUUUUAACAAAUGUGGUAUAUGAUCCUAAAAAGCUUUAAGAUUCUCAACUCUAUUCAUUGACCUCUUAAGCGAAAAAUAUAAUAGCAGUAAUAUAAGUAGCACGUUAAGAAUAAAAUGAAAAUAACAAAGUUAAUAGUAACUUAUUAAAUUUAUGAAAAGAAUAGUAAAAUACAUGAAAUAAAGAAUUAGUGACACCACGCAGAAUAAUGAAGAGGAAAUUUCCUCGAUUGCCACUGUUUUCGAAUUUCCGCACCAAGAGUCAAGCAAUGACUCCAAAGUCAAUGCCUCGACAUUUCAUUCAUCAAAAGCUUAAAACCCCAUUUUUCCUUAGCUUCAUUUCAUCACAACCAUCAAUCUUUCUUUAAGAUUCUUGAUAACUAAACAGAUAUAUUUCCCAUCUUUGAGCUGCUAGCAAAAAUGGUGAGAAUUGAAGAGGGGAGAGAAGUCAAAGAUGAGCUGAUCAAGAAAGCUUGUAACUUAGCUAUGGAAGCUCACAGUUUGUCUUCUGGGAAGCCUUAUAUUUACAAGAAAAAAAGUGGAUCGAUGGAUGUUUUUUUUGCUUUUGCUGGAAAUUGGUCUGUUGAUGGUUGGUACAGUAGCACUUGUUUUGGAGAGAAAAAAAUUAACAUAUCUUUGUUUCCAUCUUUGAAAAGUGUUGGCACAGAUGAGGUAGCCAUGGUUAAUAAAGCAUUUGCUAGCAGAUUUGAACACAUAUUGAACGACUCUUCUCUUAAAAAUGAGGUGGAGAAGGCGAUGUCAGAUGGAAAACAGAUAGUGUUUGCAGGGCACUCGUCGGGUGGCCCUAUUGCGAUUUUGGCAGCCCUAUGGUGUCUGGAACAUUGUUGCACAAGACCAAAUGACAACCUAGUUUAUCCAUACUGUAUAACCUUUGGAUCCCCUCUUGUUGGUGACAGAAUAUGGUCUCAUGCCCUCAGGCGCGAAAACUGGGCUAGUUACUUCAUACAUUUUGUCAUGAAGUAUGAUAUCGUUCCUCAGAUGAUGUUUGCUCCCCUUUCAUCGAUUCAAGAAUGGCUUCAAGCAAUCUUUGACUUCAUCAAUCCAAAAUCCCGGAAUUAUCAGCAUGAGGCAGUUGUAAGAUCAAAUGAUGCAUCGAAGAAUUUCUUUAUGACUGUAAUGAGGAGUGCAUCCUCUGUUGCAAGCUAUGCUGCAUGUAAUCUGAAGGGAUGUACAAACUUCUUGUUAGAAACAGUUUCUAACAUUGUUCAACUCAGCCCUUAUAGACCUUUCGGAACUUACAUCUUCUGCACUGGAAAUGGGAAACUGGUGGUCGUUGAGAAUCCAGAUGCUGUUCUGCAGUUACUGUUCUAUUGUGCUCAAAUGAGUUCCGAAACAGAAGUUGACGAAGUUGUUGCCAGAAGCUUAAACGAACAUUUGUUAUAUAGAAAAGAAAUGCAGGAAAGCUUAGAGAUGCUGGAUGUGGUUCAUCUCAAUAAUCUUACCGAUAUUCCCUUGUCUUCAAAUGCCAUUGCAUUAGCUAGUGAUGAAGUGGUAACUAUGAAUUUAGCCCUGAAUGACUUAGGCCUGAGUACAAGAGCACGGUUGUGUCUUCGUGCAGCAGGAGAAUGGGAGAAGCAGAAAAGGAAGAACGAGGAAAAGAUUGAUGGUAAUAAGAACAGCAUCACGGAAGGAUUAAGCAAGAUACAGGAGUACCAGACCAAGUGUGAUAUUCAGAAAGUCGGGUAUUAUGAUGCGUUCAAGCUUCAAGAAACCAUAGAUGACUUCAAUGCUAAUGUGAAAAGGCUCGAGCUAGCAGGAAUAUGGGACGAAAUCAUUGAAAUGUUGAAAAGGUAUGAGCUCCCAGAUAGUUUUGAGGGACGAAAGGAAUGGAUAAAACUAGGGACACAGUUCCGCCUGCAAGUUGAGCCCUUGGAUAUUGCAAACUAUUACAGGCAUUUGAAGAAUGAAGAUACAGGACCUUACAUGAUCAGGGCUAGGCCGAAGCGUUAUAGGUUCACACAACGAUGGUUAGAGCAUGAAGAAAGGGUGCAAACAGGUGAACGCUCUGAGUCUUGUUUUUGGGCAGAAGUGGAGGAACUAAGAAACAAGCCAAUUAUGGAAGUGCAAAACAGGAUUUUGAGUUUAGAAACAAAGGCAUGGGAUUGGUCCCAGAGUGGUCUUCUGGGCGAUGAUGUUUUCUUCCCUGAGUCUACCUUUACCAAAUGGUGGAAACAACUCCCUACUCAGCACAGACUGACAUCUUGGAUAUCAGGGAAAAUAAAUUCUUAGCGUCUUUUACAGCUCCAUAUUAUGCCAUUGCCAACGCCCUAAUGUUUUGAUAAUGAUGGUGUCCUAGCCAGCUUGCUGGUACUCCUAGUCCAAUUCCCUAAUAAGAGAAGCCAGAUGGUGCAUUAGUGAAAAAUGUCUGGAUAGGCUGAAAGCACCACAUUACUUCAAUAAGAGCUUCUUACCUCAGAUAAUUGAAAAUGCCUCAAUGUUCCUAGGAACUGCUUUGCUUGUAUGGUGGAAUAGUAGCAAGAAUACCAACAUUCAAGUAUUUAAGGUGGGAUACUACAUGCUCACGUUUUCCCCAA